AUGACAAAAGCACAAAGAAUAAUAGACGAAGUGUUUUCUAGAGAAGAAAGAAAGGAAACUUCUAGAAUAGAUAUUAGCAGUAGGAAUUUAGAAGGUGAAUUAAAAUUAGAGGGAUUUACUAAUUUAAAAAAAUUAGAUUGCUCCAAUAAUAAGUUAACUAAAAUAGAUGUCAGCGAUUGCUCUAAACUAGAAGAACUUAUCUACUGUGGCAAUCCGCUAGAUCCUUUGACUGACCUAGAAUUAGGUAGAAAUAAAAAAUUAAGGAGUAAGUUAGAAAAUAGAACGAAAAUUAAAAACAUCCUUCUGAUCGGCAGAACAGGAAGCGGAAAAUCAGCUAUUGCUAAUACCCUUUUAAACAAAAAUAGGCAGUUUGAAGAAGUAUUUAGAGAAAGUUAUAGCAGUGCCGGCGAAACUAGAAAAAUAAAGGAUAAAAUAUUCGAAAUAAAUGGGGUAAAGUAUCGUAUAAUUGAUACACCGGGUUUUGGCAAUACAAAGUUAUCAGAGGUUGAUGUAUUAAACGAGAUAACUAGAGUGUACGAUAAGGUCAAAGAAGAAGGAUUAAGUCAAGUAUUGUUUGUGGUUAGUAGUAGAUUAGAUGAAAAAGAAGAAGAAAAUUUAUUAGAGUUUGAAUUGAAUAGGGUAAAAGAAAAAGCAAAGAAAAAUUCUUACAGAAAGUUCUUUAUUAGUACGAAGAACGUAAGAGAACUGGAAGAUAUGGGAAGAAACUUCCGAGAACUUCAAGCUGCAUUUAGAAUAGUUGAAAAAUUUAAAAAACAAGAGAAAUUUGUUCGAGGUGAUAAUUUUGCUUCUGAAAAAUCUGAAAAAAUUAGGCAAAUAUUCAAUAAAUACUUGGAUAAUGAAGGAAAAGAAAAGUUACAAAAACUCCUUGAUAAGCAAGUUGAACUUAUUCGACUGGAGCAGAGCAAAACGGGUAGUGGUAAAUCUACCUUGGCCAACGUAAUUACUGGAACUAAUGAAUUUAAGGAAAGUUCGGGCAGUGUCAGUGAAACAAAAGAAAUUCAAAUAGGGGAAAAAGAAAUUAGUGGAGUCAGGUAUCGGGUUAUUGACACUGUUGGUAUUAGUGAUACAAAGAUGUCUGACUGGGAGGGCGGUAAAUUUGAAGAAGAGGAAAAGUCAACAUACAGUUUUCUAGAAAAAUUUAUUUUCGAUGCAGACAUUGCUAAAUAUACUAUAGUUGUGCGAACCCAUUUCCCAGGUUUUAGAAAUCGACAGAAGUGUGAAGAGGAAAAGAAGGAAAUGUUGAAAAGUAAUAAGGGCUUUAAAGAAGUGAUCAGAGGACUUGAAGGAGCUAUUUGCGUGGAUAAUCCAUCUAUAGAUGUUAAUGAUGAAGAUGAGAGAGAAAGCAACAAGAGAAAAAGAAAUCGUUCUGAAGUUAUAUUAGAAGACCAUUUAGCAAACAUUCCUCAAGAUGACAACAAAUAUAGACCAACGAACUUGGAUAGGUUGAAUAAAGUAAUCAACGUCAGGGAAGAUACGAAAAUAGAAACAGUUAAAAAGACUCUUCAACACAUCACAGAAAUAGAUCCAGAUUUUCCUAAAAAAGAAGAAAUACAAAAACAGUUAAGUCAGAUAGAAAGUUAUAUUCAGAAUUUGACCCAGUUAGAAUCGUUAAAUAUUAGCAACACUGAUAUCGAUAAAGGUCUAGAGUAUCUGCCUGAUGACAUGAAAUAUAUUUAUUGCUUGUCUGAACAAAGACCAGAGAGUAAAGUAAAAGAAAUAAUGGAUAUUGAUAAAAUCAAAACAAAAGGAGCAGCCAUAAUCAUUGAUGAAGAUGAGGGGAAGCAUGAUUGA